UAGAACUUACCACCAGGAUCACUGAGCUGCUGAGCGGAGAGGUUCCUAUAAGGUGUCAGGAUGUCGCUGUCUAUUUCUCCAUGGAGGAGUGGGAGUAUUUAGAAGAACACAAGGAUCUGUACAAGGAUGUCAUGAUGGAGAAUCAGCAGUCCCUUACAUCACCGGGUAAAGACGGGAUGAGAGUCUACCAUAGGCAUCUCCAUUUUUCUUCCAAUCAUAAAGCAGAAGAUAACAAUACUACACAAGCUAAUUCUAUAACUCCUAAUGCACCCUCAGUCCUUCACAGCGGAGAUCUAUCCUCUGAUACUGAUGGUCACAAGAAGCCUUCAUUUAGUCAAUCACAGACUGGUAAAACAAGAACUAAACAUAAACGUGGAAAACAUUUUAAAAGGAAAUCUAAUCUUUCCUUGUGUGAAAAAAUUAACGGAGAUAAAAUGUCAUUUUCAUCGUCAGAAUGUGGAAUAUCUUUUACCAGGAAAUUCAUUCUGGAUGGACAUCACAGAACUCACACAGGAGAGAGACCAUUUUCAUGUUCAGAAUGUGAUAAGUGUUUUAGUCGAAAAUCACAUCUUGUGAGUCAUUUAAGAGUCCACACAGGGGAAAAGCCAUUCUUGUGUUUAGGAUGUGGGAAAUGCUUUAGUCGGAAUACGAAUCUUCAUAGACAUCAGAAAUCUCACACAGGGGAGAAGCCAUUUUCAUGUCCUGAAUGUGGUAAGUGUUUUAGUCAGAAAUCCGAUUUUCAUAGACAUCAGAAAGGUCACACAGGGGAGAAAUGGCAGGAUCUCAGUCUGUGA